AUGCCUCUCUCGUCCACAUUGUCGUCGCCCGACCGGUACGGCGACAGAAAAGCCCAGCAGCAGAAGAAGAAAAGAGUCGGCAAGGCUUGCGACUCGUGCAGACUCAAGAAGACCAAGUGCUCAGGAAAACAGCCUUGCGAGAAGUGUCAGGCAGACAACAAGAUCUGUAUCUAUACCGAGCGUAAAAAGAGCCGGGAUAAAAGUUACUCCUAUGAUUACGUCGAGCUGAUCGAAAAGAGACUGCGCAUAGUCAACAAGGCUUUGAUAAAUCUCUCGGAAAUGGUGAAGCUCAAUAAAACCGCAGAGUUGCAACAAUUUGCGCAAAAUAUCACGUACAACGAGUACGACGAGGGUGUUCCAAUAUCCAUCAACCAGGCCAUUUCGCUGCUCGUUGACAAGUCGGACGUUGUAGACCAUUCUGACAGCGAGACGAACCACGAUCAAUUGCAGGGCCGCGUCCCGCAGACCGAGUCUCAGGAUAGCGCUCUUGAAGAGUCUUCGGAGUCAACUGUUCCUCAGCCGGCAGUCAAGAGGGAGGAGCUCUCCACGAGCUUCAUCCCAUAUUCCUCGCCAGAUUCGCUUACGCCAAGAUCGGACGAUCCGUUCUCGCCUCUUCCCCAGAACGACUUCAGCACGGAAUUUAUGUUUGAACAGCAGACGAAUUCGACGCGUCUCGAUGACAUAAAAGAGGAAAAGAGCGACGAUUUUUUCAGCCAGAUGAGUCCUAUGCCUACGAGUCUUAUGAUGGACGCAGACCAGCCUCCUGUGGAAAACGAGUCCUUCGAUAACUACAGCUCGAUGACCCCCGCGCAGUUUGAUAUUAGCGGAUUCAAAUCUGGGGCGGGCUUAGCAGCUGCAGCCGUCAAUGGCCUUCUGGGCCGCUCGCAAGCCUCUGGCUCCGGUUCCGGAUUUAUGAUGUCUGACUUCGAUCUUAAUUCCCCAGCAUCGAUGCUGGCCACCUCGCCCGAUUCCUACAACUCCAAGACGGUCAUUCCUGCUUCGAUGAACCUUUCGCGCAACGACAGCUCGUACUCGUCCUACUUUGGAGAGGACUCCUACCUUGACUCCGCACAUCCCCCAAGCAACCUGCAAAGAUCUGCAUCUACGAGGUCCACAGAUAGCGGAAACAGAAAGCACGGAACGUUGCAUAGAAACCACCAUUCGUACUCGCAGCACCCUCAUCCAUACAAGAAGACAACACACUCUGUUGACGGUGCCCUUGUCUCCCCGACUCUGAAGGAUGAGCUCCUCGGAAUAAACUAA